AAUCAAUGCCCUCAGCGACGCGGACUUUGCCACUAUUUUGGCGAGUUGCGGAAAAUAUGAAUGCACGGUGACGUUGGACAGUUUUGGAGCCGGGCCCGAUACCUCCUUUGCCCAUGCCGGCGUGCUGCCAUCCAUCGGGAGCAUUCAGAGGGUGGCAGAACACUUUUGGAAAGACCCCAUGACUGGCGAGUUCUUGCCGAACGACUGCCCGGUGGCCAUCCCAGUGCCUUGGUUCACUAUCAGCAAUACACCGGUCGACCGUGACCGCCCGAUUCUGAUGCGGAUGCCUGCUAGGCACGACACAGUGCUUCACGGCCUCAAGUACGUUCUGGCAGAGGUCAAGAAGAAGCACGGGCUUUCUAAGGAGUUCCUUCUGCGCAUGCGCACGGUGCGUUGUCAGUUCUUCCUCUUGGAAGAUCAGGCAGCCUUUGAGCGCAAGAAAUGGGAGUUGGACGAAGAUUUGGGGGUGCAAGCUGACCAGAGAACCUUAGUGGGCUUCAACGUGGUCUUGGGAAUCGGACGUGUGUUCGAUUCCUUAUGCCGUCCUGGGCAUGACGCUUCGCAUGCGGAAGUCUGCCAGUGGUUGAAGCAGGCGAAGCUGAAGGACAUGAGUGUCAAAGUUGUUGGCACUUUCCUUCGCGUGCGCGCCCGCUACACCUCGAAGGAUCUCAUCGGGCAGCUAGAUUCGGAGUUUGGCCCCACCAAGCAUACCUUUGCCUUCGUCUCCAACCUCGACCUCUUGUCGCAGAGAACGGCAUGUGCAAGGAAUGGUGCAUUGGCCCCAGCCGAACAGCUGCUCGUCUGGGUGCUUCAUGACUUCGUCUUCCAGGCGACAGUGAAGAAGGGCGAUGCAGAACUGAAACGACCGCAAUUGCUGGCCUUCAUCGGGCGUUCGCUUGCGAAGCGUCGAAUUGUCUGUUACUAUGCGGCCAAGUUUCGUCCUCAUGACAAGGAGGGGCAUGUGUACCAGACAGACCGAGAGCCGUCGAAGGUCUUGUCGCUGUUCUCCGACUGGGGUAGCUUCCUCGAGAGCGGCUUGUCGGGCGCAGUUGUCAAGGGGGCUAUGCAUCUGGCUUGGCUGCGCGAGCUCCCGGACUAUCUGCAGGACAUCGUCGAAUACCUGGCGGCUUUGCUGUCGGGCAAUAGCAAGUGGGACGACGCCUUGGACAAGGCGGUGUCAAACGAUUUCCUAGUGGCAGCCGAGAAGCUUGUGGCGGAUGAAGAGACUUUCGGCAUGAAUGUGGAAAGCCUGAAAGAGCAGAUGGCAGCAGAUGCGGCCCCACCCGUGGCAAGGUCUGUGCCGGCAGUGCCAGUGCAGGUACCAGGGGAACCUGAGCCAAAGGCGGAGGCACCCAAAGAUGCAGAGCUCGCCCAAACAGAUCCGGACCCAGUUGAUGCUGGUGAAGCCGCGGAUAACACAAAGCCAGCUUCGCGAGCGACGUCGUUCCCUUCCUUCUGUUUGACGCAGUGCCAGCGGGACAUGUUGGACAGGCUCCCCGAUGACGAGUGGGAGAAGGCUCUGCAGUAUGCUCGCACAAGUGCCUUGACAGCCCGCAUCAGCAUCGAUCGGUUGGACAUCGAUGACAAAGAUGACCGCCCCCGCCUUCACAUUGUAGAUGUGAAAACUCUUGCAAUUUCGGAUGCGGAGAAUGCAGCCAAACACCCUUAUCGGUUUCUGCCUGCCUUUGCCGGUGCAAAGCUCAAGGAGAUCCUUUCCAGCAUUCUGGGGGAUGGCAAAACUCCCACGAGCUUCAGGUCGUGCGACGCCCUGUUGGUACUGGACGGACGGAGCAGGAAGUAUGACAGAGAAACGACCAGAUUGCUCAAUCAGCACUUGAAGCAUGUGAAAUCGGAGAACCUUCCUGCACGGAAGUCUGAUGUUUGGAGGUUUUUUUACCAUAACCGGGAGUUCAUGGACGGCGGCUUCGUUCGCAAGCGCAGCGUCGAUUCGGUCCAGUGCCCAGACCCACUCGAGAGCGGCAUCUUCAUUGGCGGCAAGGAUUUCCGCAAGUCGUUGAAGGCAAAGCCACGAAAGCAUUUCGACGUGGGGUCUACGAAUGAGUCGCGCGGGCUCAGCGGAUUGCCAUUGAAUGUGGAGCCACUUCGGGUCCUUCCGGACAUUCGCAAAGCUUUGGCCUCCCCAGCCACAGCGGAAAGCAGCAGCCAGCAGGAGCCGACAGUCUCAGAUGAUGGAGGACCUGCCCCAGCUGAGCAAGGUCAGCUCAUCUUCCCAUGGGAAUGGCCGGAGCUGGUGUGGGAUGAGAUCUUUCAUGGCUUGACUUACGACACGGAUGAUCCUGCUGCUGUAGUUCAGAUUUACCACCAUGCGGCGGACAGUGGCCACGCUGCAUUGGCUGCGUUGCGUUCCAAGUCUUGCAACGCAGCGCAUCCGUACACGUACCACUGCGCGGCCAUGUCGGAUCGUCACCGUGCGCUCAUGAGGGAGUUCUUGACUUUCAAGAUCAUUGCGGACAUCAGCAGUGGCUCGCGAAGCUGGGGCCGACGCCUCAAGAAGCAGAUCUCGCUGUCAGGUCAGUCCCAGCGUGUUGCUUCUCCCUCUGAUGCGACUCCGACAGAGCCUCCUGAGAAGAAGCAGAAACAGGCGGCCGAUGACGAUAAUGAGGAAUCCGAUGGCGAGUCCAGUGCCACCACCGAAGACUGA